CGUGCUUAGCGUCUGGGUCACAACUGUUCCGGGUUUUACUUCGGUACGGCCCGGUAUAGGAGACAGCAAAGCCAGCUGUUACGGCGAGGGUGGUACGAGAAAAUGUCUGUUCAGCAAAAGCUUGCAUUUAAUGAAUCAAAAGAACAAUUCACCUGCUCCAAGAUGCACAAGCGUGUACGGAAGUUCUUCUCUAAGAUCGACAACAGCGGCCAGAUGGAUCCCCUCAUCCGACGAGCUGUGAAGCUCCAGCAUCUCAAUAUCCCAGGACCGUCUCGGUUCCACCUCCGCUCCGCCCGCGACAUCCACCGCGUCAAGCUCCUCGAGCACUACGACGCAGACUCCUACUUCAGCUCGCAACUCAUCAAACGACUCCGAUUGAUGCCAAGCAGGUUGCCAAGCAAUGCUUUCCUGAAGUUGAUGGAAAUCUUGGUGGCAAUAUUUGAUGUCUAUCUUAAAACAAAAGAAGCCAAACAUGGGAAGGCAUUCACAAAGAGGAGUACUGACAGACUGAAGACAAUUAAGAUGGAUACCCUGAGGUGUGAUGACAAUAACAGAGCCAUUGAAUCAUACACCAGCUGCAGCCGAACCCAACCUUUGGAGAAGGAUGGAAGUCUCUGUUCUAAUCACAUCUUGAAGAAAACCAGCUCCUUUGGAUUGCUAAAGUUCAAAUCCAGUUCUGAAAAUAUUGAGUGUUGUGAGCCCAGCCUUAAGAAUAAUAAAAACAAGUGUGUUCAAGUUAUGUCCAAGGCAGAUAAAUCUCAUAAUAAUCCGAAAUCAAGGAAAGACAACUUUGUACUGACAAAACAAGAAGGCAAAGGGGAUGAGGCUGUAAUUCGAGAAAACCCAGAUGAAGAAACUGUAGAUAUUAUUAAAAGUAAAGAACAUUCAAGAGGACGUAAAAGGCAUUUACCUUCAACCAAGGGAGACCACUCUCAUAGAAGCAAGAGAGCCAACAUUGAUAGUUCCCGAGACAAAAGUGAUUGUGCAAGAGCACGCGCUUGGAGAAAAAAGAAGUGAUUGUCAUAAUUGGGAUCAUAUGAUCCUGUAUGAUUUGUGAUUUAUUCAUAAACAAAAAGGAUGUGCAUUUAUGUGUUUGGCAGCAUUAGGAGGUUACAGAAAUGACUUCAUUAAAAUCAGAUCUAAGUUCCCGCUGCCGCUAAACAAAGAUCUGAGGACAUCCCAUUACAGGUCACAUCAGAACGACCUUUCAUCCAACCAAUCAAAGCGUCGCUUACCAGAUCAUGAAAGU